AUGGCGAAUUUUGUUCAGCAGCAUGAGAGGAUGGCGAGGAUAAUAGGCGGGGCUAAAGUACCAGCUACCACUUCGUAUCCUUAUCAGGCAGGCAUAGUAGCAACCCUCACCACUGGAUGGACGUCCAUUUGCGGAGGAGCUCUCGUGUCGAACACUCGCGUCCUAACCGCGGCUCACUGCUGGUGGGACGGUGUCAGUCAGGCGAAGAGCUUCACAAUAGUUCUCGGUUCUUUGACCAUAUUCUCUGGUGGUACGAGAAUAGCCACCAGCGACGUUGUGGUGCAUCCGUCGUGGAAUUUGAAUGACUAUACCCAUGAUGUGGCUGUGGUCCGGAUGUCCAGGGUGGAAUAUAACAAUAAUAUACAGGCAAUUCCGUUGCCAACUGCUGCAGAUGUUAACAAUAACUUUGCGGGAGUCACCGCUACUGUCACAGGAUACGGGAAGACAAGCGAUGCCCAGACCAGUUUCCCGACUACCACGUCUCUUCACCACAUAGAUUUGAAGGUCAUCACGAAUGCAGUGUGUCAGAAAAGUUUCCCCAUCAAUAUCCACGGCAGCCAUCUCUGCACUGAUGGUUCUGGAAGGGUUGGGACUUGCGAAGGUGACUCUGGUGGUCCGCUGACCGCUGUGGUCAAUAAUAAACGGACUUUGAUCGGCAUAGUUUCUUUCGGGCUGGCUGACAGCUGCCAGUCUGGGACCCCAUCAGUUUACACGCGGGUAACUGCUUUCCUUACAUGGAUCAACGCACAACUAUAACGACGAAUUUUGAUGCAAAGGAAAAAGGUUUUUUAUGUAUUAAAAAGUAUAGAGAAUAAAGGGAUAUUUUAUGUGAAG